CCCGUCUACACGCUGCACUCGAUAGCUGCCAAGGUUUUCUUGGACGGGUACCACUAUAUCAACGUUGCAGGGCGACAGGACCGACCAAUGUGAAACUCCGCGUCCAACCAGAGCUUCUUGGAAAGCCAUGCAUGCAUUAUUUUCCGAGACGCAAUACGCACCGAAACAACAGGGAGCCACCACACCUACCAAAAGGAGACGGCAGCUGUUGACCGGAUACUAGCAAUGUCCAACACUCCUGGCCAACAACAUCACAAUCCGCAGCUUAAGCCGACGCCUUCAGCGGGCAACCCAUAUUCGGCAUCCCCAAACCAGCUUACGCUCCCGACGGGUGCUUCACCCUUUCAGAACCCGUACCAGCAACAAUAUACCUAUGGACCCACGGCGCAUCAAGUAGAUCCGAAUCAGUUCGCAUAUUCUGGUCAAGCGCACUAUCCACACCACUUGCAGACCCAACACCAAGCGGUCCUCCAGCAGCAAGCGGCACAACAAUCCGUUGCCGGCCAGAGCCCAACGAGCACUCGCAAGCGGCGGGCUUCGGAACUGGGCGGCGAGAGCGCGCUCUCAGCCUCAUCGAGCAGUACCUUUUCGAAUCAGCCUACUGGGCUGAUGAUAGGCGGGCUUGACGUCGGCCAGGGUGAUCUUACCAACCAGCAGUCGCAGCUUCCAAGUCCAAUUGUGAAGAAAGGACGCACGAACACGCCCUGGACGCCAGCUGAGGAGCAAAGGCUGAAGGCGUUGCGGGAUGCCGGCAGCAGCUGGAGUGAGAUAGCUAAGACUUUCCCGACACGGACAGAAGGGAGCGUGAAGAAGCAUUGGUACAAAGAUAUGCAUUAUGCGGAGUUUGGCGAAGACGAGGUCAGCGCUUUCAGUGCGGCAUUGCUGCAAGCGAUCAAAGAUUAUGAGAACAGUAAGUGGAAGGUCAUUGGGCAGAAAGUCGGUAAACCAGCGAAGGCCUGUGAGCAGUUCGCCAAGGAGCGCGGAUGGAAAGUGUAGGCACCUACCUUGGCCGACGACAACGGUACCAACUCCUUGGCGACCAUGAGCAUUUUUGGUACGAUGGUCUGGAUACCCAAUGCAUCGGUGUGGAUUCAACAGCAGUGUCCGUGGAUGGACGGUACCUGGAGCUCUUGGAAGAUUAGUAAGAAGGCGGUUGAGAUCAUUGCUCGACUUCCUCGCCAUUUUUUGCAUACAUACUCCCAACUGCCGAAGUUUGUCGACGAGCCCGGGAGUAGAGAGUGUGACAUGUCGGGAGCGACGCUCUAGGCGUGGGCGAAAGCAUAUUCGUCGCUAUGGGCGAUUAUGCAGGACGGUGACAGACUUAGUACCACAACCAUCAUCUACAGUUGCCUCCCGGAAAUGCGGAUGUCUGAUGGUG